AUGGUUGCCAUCGCUCGCUCCUUCGGCGCCGCCCGCGUGGCCGCCCGUGGCUUCUCCAACGCUGCCCGCGCUCCCCAGCAGAACACCCUCGUCGCUGCCCGCAGCGCCUUCCGCAACAACGCCGCCCGCAACGUCAUCCAGAAGCGUGGCAUCGUCGCCGAGUCCACCGCUGCCGCCAUGGUCGCUGCCGCCAAGAUCCAGGGUGCCGGUCUCGCUACCAUCGGUCUUGCCGGUGCCGGUGUCGGUAUCGGAACGGUUUUCGGUGGUCUCAUCCAGGGUGUUGCCCGCAACCCUUCCCUCAGGGGUCAGCUCUUCCAGUACGCCGUUCUCGGUUUCGCCUUCGCUGAGGCCACUGGUCUUUUCGCGCUCAUGAUGUCCUUCUUGCUCCUCUACGUCGCAUAG